UUGCGUACUUCAACUACAUCGGAAAUACAGUAUCUUAUUAUUUACUCAAUUAGUAAACUCUAAUUAGGACUUAAUGGGAUGAAUACCAACGCAAGCAAGUGUUGACCUGUCAGUCAUCCAUUGUGGGUUCUGUAAAUAUGAUUACCGCUUUGCUCUAUUUGAUGGACAAUCUCUAAACCUCAGAUUACCGUGAGAACAUGAGAACGCAGACAUCUUUACUCCAUGAGUCGGAUGUUGUAUAUCAGGGGUGGGCAAACUAUGGCCCGGGGGCCACAUGCAGUCCACCAAGUGUUUGAAUCUGGCCCACCGGUAUUUUUUUAACAUGCAAGACGUCGCCUUUAACAUACAUGACUUGCAAGUCAGCUGUCUUAUUUAGUAAAAAAAAAAACAUUUUUUUUACACUUUUACAAAUAAAAUUAGACAAAUAAUUCAAUACGGACUGUUAUAUUUAUAAGCAUAAAAUAGUGUAUGAGUGUGAAAUAUAUAUUCUGGCUCCCCGAACAAUUUUGUUAACUCAACUUCGCCCACGAGUCAAAAAGUUUGCCCACCCCUGCUGUGUAUGUUUUAGGUUGUGGUGUUCAAAGCGAGGCCUUAGUGCCAUGUAGGGCUGCAGCAAUUAUAAUAAUACUUCAAAUGCAUCAAUUUAAAAACAUAGUUUUCCCCCUAUUUCUCUAUUAAUAUUAUAAAUAAAUGUAUUUUUCCAACACCAGCUUCCUGUGACAUGAUGCUAGCGGCCCACUUUAGACAUCCCUGGUUUACGUUUGUCACAGAGAGUCUUGAGUGUUAACAAAUGAGUCCAUGCUGUGUAUUCGUGGCACAAGUGGCUUCCUCGGCGGACUUGUGGAGGCGCAUUCCAUCUGCGACCUUUUUGUGACCCCUUGGUGAUGAGUAAAUACAUGACGAAAGAAACACUUCCUCCCUUUUUUUUUUUUAAUGCGCAGCACACGGGAAUUGAGUGUUGUGGAGUUAAGAUGCAAACAAACCAAAAAAGUAAUUUAGCGCAUGAAUGGCACAGAAUGUACGUCACAGGGAAUAGUCAUCUUUCCUGGAUGCUGCAGUUUAGCAUAGCUAGCUCGCUCUAGCCGCGCUCUCCCAGGCUAGCUGGUACAGUUGUGUCAGGUUUUAUUCAUAUAUGUAUAUAUUUAUAGUCAUAUAUUCAUGUUGGCUUUAAAUGGCUUUAUACUCAUGCUACCCAAUAUAGUAAACAUAAGCCUGAAUGAGCCAUUUAACACUUAAAUAAAUGCUUGUGUAUGUCAGACUGUGAUUGGCUGGCCACCAGUCCAGGGUGGACCCCGCCUCUCGCCCGAAGACAGCUGGGAUAGGCUCCAGCAGCCCCGCCCCCCCUGAGGAUAAGCAGUAUAAAAUGAAUGAAUGAAUGAAUAAAUGGCGGCACGGUGGUCUAGUGGUUAGCGCACAGACCUCACGGCUAGGAGACCAGGGUUCAAUCCCACCCUCGGGCAUCUCUGUGUGGAGUUUGCAUGUUCUCCCCGUGCAUGCGUGGGUUUUCUCCGGGUACUCCGGUUUCCUCCCACAUUCCAAAAACAUGCUAGGCUAAUUAGCCACUCCAAAUUGUCCAUAGGUAUGAAUGUGAGUGUGAAUGGUUGUUUGUCUAUAUGUGCCCUGUGAUUGGCUGGCGACCAGUCCAGGGUGUACCCCGCCUUACGCCCGAAGACAGCUGGGAUAGGCUCCAGCACCCCCCGCGACCCUCGUGAGGAAAAAGCGGUAGAAAAUGAAUGAAUGAAUGAAUAAAUCAGUUAAUAAAAGACCAAAGGUCGUGAAUCCAGUACACAUGGACGGUGCGCCACAGCGGGAGCAUCCUUCAGUCCCGGCCGGGAUCCAGUAAUAUAAGAUGAUGAUAUUGUAGCGCAGGUGCGCCACGCGUUGUUGCCAAUCCAUCCUGAUUAGCGCAUCCAGCUGUUGUUUGCCGCACAUCAGACAGCUGAGCUAGUUAGUCAUUCCUGAGGGCCCAGAGAGGGAGGGUGCAGGCGGCGCCGAGCCCACGACGGCCGCACUGCUGAGACAUGUUAACAGGUGCAGUGAAACAACACACACGGACGCUACGGUGAGCAGAUUGCUAUUUGUUGGCGAGCCAGCGAGCAGGCAAAGUUGUGCCGCCGAUGGCACGUAGCGGCGCGAUAAAGCUGCCAUGGCGACUAUCUGAAGCAGAAGGCGGAGAAAACAAACAUGAAACAAGGUUAUUGUCUCUGGCGUCAGGUAAAAUCCUCACCAUCCUGACUCAUCUCCAUCCAGGUUCACACUUCAACCACGGCCGACUGUUGGCAGGCGGCGGCACGAGCAGAUGAAGCGGUGACGGUGGUGAUGCUCCUCUUCCUCGGUCCCUUUCAAGGGGGGGGGAGACAAGGCUCUUUCUGCCGUAGCCAAGUGUCUUUUGUUCGCCCCUGUCGCCUUAAACGGUUUGAAAGAGUUUUGGCUUUUUUUCCCAAUGUUUCAAGAAGAUUUAAGUCGCGGGUUAAAUCUUAGGCUUUGGUUGACCUAUGUUACAAACUGUAAUAACUCAAAAAUGAAAGCAGCCAAACAAAUGAGACUAUUAGAGUUUUCAAUGAGGUGGGGGGGGGGCAACUUCACUCAAGUAUAAAGCCAGAGGAGUUAACCACCAAGUGUAAGGUGGAGCAACUGUGGGAGCAUUUCAAGUGAGGAACCUCUUUGGAAGGGACAUUUUUGUGUUGGUACUACAGUAAACCUCGGAUAUAUCGGAUUCAAUUGUUCCCACUGGUUUUGUCCGAUAUAAGCGAAAUCCGUUGGGAAAUGUCCGUUUUACGCAUAUAUCGGAUUUAUGUAUAUCUGGUAUAUGCGUGAAUCGGAUUUGAUCCGUUAUAAAAAGGCACUUCCUUGACUAUGUUUCCAAUGUACCUGGACGCGCAGGCAACGCUGCAAACGCUGCAAAUGACGUCGUAUAGCGGCCGGUCACGAUUCGGCGAAUCGGAGCGCCACGAUGCGGCCAUCCGAUAUAUGCGAGGGAAAUUUCAUGGAAAUGCAUUGGAACGGGACUGGAGAUUUUGUCCGAAAUAGGCGAAAUCCGUUAUAAAAAAUCCGAUAUAUGCAGUGAAUUUUUAUUGGAAAUGCAUUACAGAAAAAUCGGUUCUUUUUUUAUCUGUCCGUUGUGAGCGAAUUUCCGAUAUAUCCGAGGUUUACUGUAGUACUAUUACUAGUACUACUAACACAAGGUGUUUUCAUUGGAAUGGAAAUCAGCUCCAUACUUGCUCUUAUCAAAGCAUCAACUUGAGCGUGAUAUGGGAUGGACAGGGUGUUCUCUCUCGUUCAAUAUCGGCUGGGAAGACAUAUUGGUGUCAUCUGACGAGCUAAUGAUUGAUGUUGCUUGGACCGCAUCCCGCCCCGCCUCAGGUCCUUUUUUUUUUCUCCACGUUUCCGACUUAGUGCCUGGACUGGGCUGAGUGGUCAGAAGGGAAGACUCAGUCAGGUUUUUUUUCCGCCUUUUGGUUCAGAUUGGAGAUGUUGUGAUCUUGAUGGUGUUUUAAUCAGAAGCGCAUUUUUAUUCAUGUUGGGUUACAUGACGGAACAUGGCUUAGCUACAUGUAGCUACUUAGCUACAUAAACUAGUCAUGAGUAAUAUAACAUGUCAGGUGUGGCCCCCGGGCCGUAGUGUGCCCACCCCUGGGAUUGCUCUCUACUGACUGAUCUAAGUGUGCUUUAUAUCAUAUUUGAUAUUUGAUAUCAUAUUAUACCCUGAGAGGCUGCACGGCGGUGGAGUGGUUAACAUGCAGGCCUCACAGCUUGGAGAUCUGAGUUCAAUUCCACACUCGGUAUAUUCUCCCCGUGCAUGCGUGGGUUUUCUCCGGGUACUCCGGUUUCCACCCACAUUCCAAAAACAUGCUAGGUUAAUUAGCCACUCCAAAUUGUCCAUAGGUAUGAAUGUGAGUGUGAAUGGUUGUUUGUCUAUAUGUGCCCUGGGAUUGGCUGGCCACCAGUCCAGGGUGGGAUAGGCUGGGAUAGGCUCCAGCACCCUAGUGAGGCUAAGCGGUAGAAAAUGAAUGACUAUUCCCUGAGAAGCCUUCCUGUAUCUUAACGAUGGCAUCGAACAGCAGUCAGGAUGGACACCAAUGCCAAAGCAGGUUUCCCGUGUAUGAUUGACUUCUUUUCAUUUGCCCCAACGGUGCUAAUCUUCCCUCCUUGCGUAUCUGCCACCUCCCUUCUCUGUCACUCAGCUGCACACUCGUCGCCUCUCCAAAAGCAAGUGGGCCGUCGCCGCUGCCUUCUGUCUUUCCAUCUGUGAUGCAGUAUGGGACGUUGGCUUGACAGGCAGGCGGAGUGCGAGAACGAGCUGCAACCGCUAAGAUGGGAGACAAAAAGUCUUCAUCGGUGAAAUGACCUGGCUGGCCAUUGCCUGGGAAUAUUCUCAUUCUUCCGGGUCUUUGUAUUCUCAGAGCUUUCAAUCCGUGGUAGCUGGACUGGUCAGGUUGUCUGGCUUUCCAUUGUUUGUCAUGGAGCCUCGGAAUCUCCCAUCCGUGCAAAUGUGCAACGCUAUGAAGGAAUCUCGACUGUGACAACACAAUCGUUACCAUGUCUGGUAUUGAUGAUGAUGUUAAAACUGUAUUUAGAAGGUUGUCAACAGGUUUUAUAUGCUCUAAUUAGGAAACAAAUCCUACUUUGCUGAAAUUCACUUAUUACAGUCAGGUCUGGAACCAAUUAACUGCGAUAAACGAGGGACUAAUGUACAGUGCAGCCCCGCCUUUGGGCAAGGGCAGUGCCACAAGUCGCGUUUUGUAGUUCACGAUGCAUUUAUUUCGUAUUUUCGGAAAUGAUUAACUGAAAACUCGGUUGAAAAGUAGGUCACUCACUUGUCACACGUCAUCUGGAGUCCGACGCUGCCGUGCACACAACAAAAGUUCCUCCUGCACUAAAAGCUACAUAGUGUCUGCAUGAUCCCAAAUCCGUACUGAGGCGGUACUCAUUCCCAAAUUUCUCAUGUUGGGACCGGGGCUUUAGCAUCUGCUUGACGGAUGAUGAGAUCACGAUAGUUCGAUCGGUGUUUGGGUUUGCCACCGAUAUUGGUGGCUGAUCGACCGGAGCAGCGCUAAUACAAUAUAUACGUAUAUACAGUAUAUACAUACAUACACAUAACAAAACAAGGUAUGCACCAAACCAUGAUAAUGCCACAUUAUUACACCGCUAAUUCUAGCGUAGCAAACCUAAAUAUGAUCCGGCGACCACGUAUGAAGAAGAACAAGGAAGUGUCCACAAGAUGAAGGCUUUAAUGUACUGUACAAUCACGGUAAUUGAACAGAAAUUCCAAGUUCCCCCAGCCAUGCUUUCAUCCAUGACAGCCCCAUAAAACUUUCCUCGAUCAGGAGUGUAGAGCCGCAUCUACCUAAUCAUGCCAAUCCCGUUCGCACCCCCGCCCUGGAAAGACGGCCACAUUGCUCCAAAGGCACGACGGCGUUGCUGCUAUUUUGUGACUGUGCUACACUUGGCACCGAAUAUUCCACUUCGGAGUCCCCUUUCUUGUAUUAUUCAUGCUAGUAUGUGCAGGCUCCCUGUUGCAUGGGUGUAAUAUAACAUGCUCACCUCAUUAUGGAGCACUUCUCAUGAGAGGCAUAUCAGGGAAGGCGUACCGCAUAAAUUUAGUGUCUUCUUGCUUAUGAACUGAGGGAAAUGAAUCACUUGACAUGGCAGCUUUAGCAACACCAGCCCGCUGAUACUUGGGAUUGUAUUAUUAUUAUUUUGUCAUGCUCAAGUUCUUGUCGGUGACGGUGAAUAGACAGAGAUUAUUAGAGUGGUUUAUAGUUCUGAGACCUGAGCAGUGACAAGGACUCUGAGGCUAAACACAUAUGGGACGCUCAUCUGAUUUCUUUGAAUUAAGCAACCAUUUUCCCGUAGGGAAAUAAUGGAAAUAGAAAGAACCAUUCCAGGGUCAAACUAUCUCUAUUCUAAAACCUUGUAAAGGUUGCCAGUCCUGGUGAUCGGGGUUUUAUGUUGACGAUUCUGGUAGCACAUACAUAGAGUUGGUGGCUUCCAAGUGGGAGAACCUGGUGUCUUCCACUGCUGACAAUCAGAUGAUCAUCUGAUUCAUUCAAUUAUUUUGGGGCUUAUUUGCUUUUUACGGGCCAGUGUUCAGCAUUGGGUACAUUAGCUGCCGUUUGACUGAUGAUCACACAUCAUCACCGUCCAGUGUUUGGAUAACAACAGUUGUCCUGACAGUAUUUUCCUGGGGUCAAACACCAAAACUGGAUUAUUACUGCAUAAUGCGGUAGUCUACCCGAGUCAUUGAGCUGUAAACUUAAACUUUCCUCCUUUAGUCAAAUAGUCACCUAGCUAAUUCUACAGAACCAAGCCUUUCACCUGGUCUAUGAAAUCAAAGCCCAUAAUAUCUAAAACUGUUGGUCUUACAUAAAAAUGCACACAUUUUGUUGUAUUCCAUUUUAUUCAAAAAUAUAUAAGGCUCUCACGGAUAUACAUUUUAAAAUAUGUGGCCUUGUUAGCCAAAAAGGUUCCCGACCCCUGACCUAUCACUACACUGUCUAUUUAAAAAAAAAAAAAAAAAAAAGCGAUGGAAGCAAAACAGUGAGUUUAGUUGAACUUUAUUCUACUGUUUAACAACAACAACAACACUUAGACAAUACAUUUAAAGCAGGUACCUUAGCAUUAUUAUUACAUUAGCAUUAUCAUGUAACUGGCUAAGGGGGCGUGUCUCUAAGCCAGGGGUGGGCAAACUUUUUGAGUCGCGGGCCGCAUUGAUUUAACAAAAUUUAAUUUGAACAAAAUUACCCGUAACAGUCCACCUGGAAUUAUUGUAUCUGUAAAAGUGUCAUACAAUCUGCUAUAUGUGCACUUUGACAUCAUUUAUUUGAUGUAAAGUGCAUUAUAAAUUAACUGUCCUUGGGUCCUCUUGUUAUUGUUCUUCUUCUUCUUCUUCUUAUUAUUAUUAUUAUUAUUAUGUGCUUAUGUCCCUUCAUUCAGGUGCACUUUGUAAAAAACAGACCACAUCAAAUAACCAAAUUGACAAAACAGCUACUUCAACCAUCAAAAGGUCGACUCAAGCCAUGAUGCCAGGUUGUAUGUUGAGUUUAAAUGAAAUACUUUGGAAAGAACGGGCGGGCCGCAUUCAAACACUUGGCGGGCCGGAUGUGGCCCCCGGGCCGUAGUUUGCCCACCCCUGCUCUAAGCGAUGCUGAGUGUGGGGAUGAAGGGCUUGGACCAAUCAUAACAGAGUAGGCGUUGUCAAAGAAGGGGGUGUGGAAUUCAAGCUCGUUGACCAAUACAAGAAACAAGCUGACUUACCCUGUACACAACUUGAGACACGAGGGAAGGGAACACCCCACCCGUCCCCCAUGCUGGACUUAAGAGAGUCCACCGUAUGUAGUUAGUAUUGCUCAUAAAGAUCUCAUGUUUGUUCGGAACGUAUAGCCACAAAUAGGCUGCUCAAGGGCUUCGGGGGAACAGCAACUUCUUUUCAUUGCAUUUGUUAUGACCUAGUUAAUUGUUUCCAAUUAGUUCCAGUGGCUUGUUUUGCAAAAUAAGUCACUCUUACGCCAUGAUUGCAUCACUUUAAAAGAAGCCGAGACCUGACGGGCGUUCUAAUGUAAAAAGCCAACGUGGUUCCUGUCACACAAUAAAUUUAGCCCGUCUCUGUCAAGCUGUCGCAUCCAGUCUAUGUCCCUCGGGACUUGCCUUAAAAAAAAAAAAAAAAACUCACCCCCCCUUAUGUGUAUGUCUUGUUAGAAAUAUUGGAAGUAACAUAGAAAGUAGUUGUCACGGUGGAAAGUCAAAGCUGUCCACUUGCAAACACGUUUAUCAGUUUUUCUUCUCCUGUUUUUGCUGCCUUGUACAAACAGCACAGAUAAAUAAAUACAUAUUUUUUACAGUUUCUUAACUGUAUUUCAAAUUGCGGGCGUUUCUGUCCUCAAGUUGUGGCAUAACAGACAAUCAUUGAGAACCACUGCCUUAAAUUUGUGACUUGGCUGAACACCCUAAAGUUACAGUGGCUGCAUUGUAUGGAGCUUUGUGAGAAAUUUCAAGACGAUCCACCCGACCGGGAUCAAACAUUGGGGUGUCAGCGUUUCUUCAGCCAAUAUCUGUGGGACAGAAACAAAGUUCCAAAGUUAGCUCCACUCCAGGCUUCAUAAGCAGAGUACGCUAUCUGGUCCAGUGAUGUCACCGGGACCAAGGGAUUUAAGCAGGUUUUAGUUUGCCACUAAUCCCCCAGUGGCAACUUGUAUGGAUGGCCGCCCCUGCCAAUGGCGUACAUGGAUUACUGACUCUCGUUCUUCCCAGUAUGUCCAGCAUGUGUUUCACCCCAAUGUCUUCAUUUGCACCAGUGGGGGGGGCGCUCCUCUUUAAACUGUUUAUUUGCAAUGUUCCUGUCACGGGGUUCUAACGUUACCACGGCUGAAUAAUUUAGUUUGGAGCCAGCAGGUAGCCACAUGAUAGCGUGUACUUAAAGGUGAAGGGAGAAGGGGGGAACCUACAGCCGCAGAUCAGGUGAUGCCUGCGUCCACUCCUCCCUUUUUCAUAGGCCGGAAUGUAAUCGGAGACUUGGAAUGCAACACCCGGAUCCAUUUCCCGCUCCUAUAGGUGUCCUUUUUGUCUUCACUCAUGCCCAACUCCAGCGAGCAGUCGUGUUUUGGUGGCUCUCUGGGUCAGGGUGGUCCAGAAUGGACUGAGGGCCAGAGAGACCACGCUAGAAGUCCUUGUCACUACUGCGGUACCGUUCCCGAACGUCGGAAUUUAUUUUCAUUAGCUGGAAGAGAAAGUGGAAGAGGCUUUCCACAUCACCUGGAUCUUGAGGUUCCGGUCGGGGGGUCGCAGGGUCUUCAGUUCCAAGGACCGGGGCAGCAGCUGAUGAAGAAGCCUGAUAUCAACAACAGCCUUUACUCCAAGGAAGCAAUGUCCAGCCGGGGUUCUGGACCACCUCGGGGUUAUCUUCAGGCAGACCCCACUCCACCUGAAGGGUCUGGGUUCUGUAGGGCGAACCAGCACCUGCUCACGAGAUCAGCCCUCCAUUAUGGGAACGGUGUGACAGAGCUGAGGCCUUCAUGGGAUCAAGUGCAAGGAAGGGCCACACCUACCGGACAAACCUCCGGUUCUACACCUAUGCCCAUGCCUCCGCCCCCGCCUCCGCCGCCUCCCCCUCCACCCCCUCCUCUUCCUGUUCAUGAGCUGAGCCGUUUGUACAGAGAAAGUCUGGGAUCUAAGAUUAUCCUGGACGCUCAGCGUAUCGCCGGCACCUCGCUUCCUACUUCAGCCUACAGACCUCAGACCUCCUUCCCGACUCACGGAGCCGAGCAGUCGUCUAACGCUCCUCACCACACGUUGGACAACUUCAGCUGCUUGUCUCUGGACCCCCGUCAGUCAGCUGCCACCAGUUCCGUGGUGGACCCGGCUUCUCAGGGAAUGGACGGAGCUCUCCCUCGUGCUGUUGGUGCCGUACCCUCUCACAGACUUCCUUAUGAUCCCAGCUAUGAUCUCAGCUCAGCCAUGAUGGCGUCCACAGCUGGGAUGUCGUCCAACGUGCCUCCUCACCUCCCUGGCGCCACCGACCCCAAGAAGAUGGUGGACCCUGCCUUUUUGGCCUUUUUGCGAGCCGAAGGUCUGGCUGAGAGCACCAUCACCCUUCUGCUGCAACACGGGUUUGAUUCCGCCACCAUGCUUGGUAUGAUGGAGGACCACGACAUUCGCUCAGUUGCUCCAAACCUGGCCCAGGCUCGCGUUCUUUCCCGUGUCGUGCUCAGUUGCAAGACUGGCGGGACCGGGACACGGACCCGAUCCAGUAGCUUCAGCCACCGCAAUGACUUUUACGUGCCGGCCCAAGGUUUGAGCAUGGAUCCCGGCCUGAUGCAGCAACCCCCCACCACCAUUCAAACGGUAUCUCCCAGAAUGGGAGAGUUUCUCGGGAGAAGACCCAGCAGCGCUCCGUCCCAACACCUCCUGGAGACCACCACCUAUCCAGGAUCUCGUACCCUGGCAACCGGAGCUUUCCCCGUCAGCCCCGGAGGAUACAGCAAUGCUGUGACCCAGGGAAGACCGUUCUCCAUGUACAACGCCCACACUGGCAUCGCCAUGUCUGCUCUUGGCCAACAGCCUCCGCCGGCCCCGGGCACCCCCGGAGCUGCCCCCAAAACCUUCUCCGGGUCUUACUCCCCUAUGGAGCUGAUGAAACGAGCCCCCAACCUUCCUCCAGCAUCCCCGGUCGCGGCUCAGAGCCCCCUGCACAGCCCACAACUUCUUCGGAAGGGGAUGAGCGUAGCUCCUGAAAAUAGCAUCGCUCCUGCGACUUGUGCCUCGUCUCUCCAAGCACAGAACUUCAACAACAACAACAAGCUGGUCGGGCGGCGCACGGGUCCACCUGUCAUUGUCUCAACCAUGACCGCCACGCCUGACACAAGCAUCCGCCCCCAAAUCAUGAACGGGCCAAUGCAUCCACGCCCCCUGGUGGCGCUGCUGGACGGGCGUGACUGCACCGUGGAGAUGCCCAUCCUGAAGGACCUGGCCACCGUUGCCUUCUGUGAUGCCCAGUCCACGCAGGAGAUCCACGAGAAGGUGCUGAACGAGGCAGUGGGGGCCAUGAUGUACCACACCAUCACCUUGACCAGAGAGGACCUGGAGAAGUUCAAAGCACUACGCAUCAUCAUCCGCAUCGGCAGCGGCUACGACAACAUCGACAUCAAGGCCGCCGGAGAGCUCGGCAUCGCGGUGUGCAACAUCCCCUCGGCGGCCGUGGAGGAGACGGCGGACUCCACCCUCUGCCACAUCCUGAACCUCUACCGACGGAACACUUGGCUCUACCAGGCUCUCCGGGAAGGCACGCGAGUGCAGAGCGUGGAACAGAUCCGCGAGGUGGCGUCCGGCGCCGCCCGAAUUCGGGGCGAGACUCUGGGCCUCAUCGGUUUCGGUCGUUCGGGCCAGGCGGUGGCGGUGCGGGCCAAGGUGUUCGGCUUCAACGUGAUCUUCUACGACCCGUACCUUCAGGACGGCCUGGAGCGCUCGCUGGGCGUCCAGCGCGUCUACACCCUGCAGGACCUCCUCUACCAGAGCGACUGCGUGUCCCUGCACUGCAACCUGAACGAACACAACCACCACCUCAUCAACGACUUCACCAUCAAACAGAUGCGCCAAGGAGCGUUCCUGGUCAACACGGCCAGGGGGGGCCUGGUGGACGAGAAGGCCCUGGCCCAGGCCUUGAAGGAGGGCCGGAUACGGGGGGCCGCCCUGGACGUCCACGAGACGGAACCCUUCACUUUUGCUCAAGGGCCCCUGAAAGACGCCCCCAACCUGAUCUGCACCCCCCACACAGCGUGGUACAGCGAGCAGGCCUCCCUGGAGAUGAGGGAGGCGGCCGCCACCGAGAUCCGAAGAGCCAUCACUGGCCGUAUCCCGGACAGCUUAAGGAACUGCGUCAACAAGGAGUUCUUCGUCACCUCGGCACCCUGGGCCGUCAUGGACCAACCUGGCGUUCACCCGGAACUCAAUGGCGCCGCUUACAGAUACCCACCAGGCGUGGUGGGCGUGGCACCGGGCGGCCUCCCGGGGGCGUUAGAGGGCAUGGUGCCGGGCGGUGUACCCAUCGCCCACACCCUGCCCUCGGGCACCCACCCCUCGCAGGCCCCAUCGCCCAACCAGCCAUCCAAACACGGCGAGCCCAGAGAGCACGUCACCGAGCAAUAGCAGAGACAAGAAGGGACCCCCCCCCCCACAACACCACCACCCUGACUUGGAAUGGACCGUGGAGCCGCCCCCGGCUGGGACCAAGAGACAGUCACCUGCCCCGAAAAAGACGGUGGAUUUCUACUUUUAAAGUCUUUGUUUUUACUCGUCUUGUUUUGUUUUUUCUUUUGUUUUUUUGUGCGGGGGGGUAGGGGGGGACCCACCAUCGCCAUUGACACCCCCACCUUCCGAGCUCAUGACGGGAACCUUACCAACGACAGGAAAAAACACUUUGCUCUCGGACCUUUCCCGAUGCCCCUCCCCCUUGUGUAACUGACUGUUCUUUUAGUCCCGCCCCCUUUUUUCUUCUUUUAUCUUAUGAAUAUUUUACCCAACAACAGAAGGCAGAAAAUUGCUGAUUGGAUAUGAAUGACAACUCUUUCCCUGGUGAAAAAUACCUGAACUGACACUUGAUUACCCGACAUGAAUCCCAAAAGUUAAGGGUCGAUUAAACACUCAGGAAUCCCCCCACCCCUCAAUUUAUUUGGCACAUAUUAAUGCCUGUAAUUAUUAAAAAAAAGGAAAAAAAAAAAGAAAAAAAA